AUGGGAUCAUCCAGGUGGAGGGUGGCAGCUGCGGUGUUCCUCGGUCUACUUGGCUCCUUAAUAUCCGUCGAAGCAGAUGAACAUGAACACACAUACACAGAUAAAGAGGAGGUAGUAUUAUGGAUGAACACAGUGGGGCCUUACCACAACCGACAGGAGACGUACAAGUAUUUCUCUUUACCAUUCUGUGUGGGCACAAAGAAAACCAUCAGUCAUUACCAUGAGACGCUUGGAGAAGCUCUGCAGGGAGUGGAGUUGGAAUUUAGCGGGCUUGACAUCAAGUUCAAAGAUGAAGUCAUGCAGACAACGUAUUGCGAAAUUGAGCUGGACAAAGCCAAACGGGAUGCAUUUGUUUAUGCGAUAAAGAAUCACUACUGGUACCAAAUGUACAUCGAUGACCUGCCCAUCUGGGGUAUUGUUGGCGAGGCAGAUGAAAAUGGAGAAGAUCACUACCUCUGGACGUACAAGAAAUUGGAGAUCGGCUUUAACGGCAACAGAAUUGUUGAUGUGAAUCUUACUAGUGAAGGCAAAGUUCGACUUGUGCCCAACACAAGGAUUGCAAUGUCUUACUCUGUGAAAUGGAAGAAGUCUGAUGUGAAGUUUGAGGACAGAUUUGACAAGUAUCUCGACCCGUCCUUCUUUCAGCACCGGAUACAUUGGUUCUCCAUCUUUAACUCCUUCAUGAUGGUGAUCUUCUUGGUGGGUCUGGUGUCAAUGAUUUUGAUGAGAACUCUCCGAAAGGAUUAUGCCAGGUACAGCAAAGAGGAGGAAAUGGAUGACAUGGACCGAGAUCUGGGAGAUGAAUACGGCUGGAAGCAGGUGCACGGGGAUGUGUUCCGCCCCUCGAGCCAUCCACUCAUUUUCUCCUCACUCAUUGGCUCCGGCUGCCAGAUCUUCUCUGUGUCUCUCAUUGUCAUCAUCGUGGCAAUGGUCGAGGACCUAUAUACAGAGAGAGGAUCGAUGCUGAGCACAGCCAUUUUUGUGUACGCUGCCACUUCCCCUGUGAAUGGCUAUUUUGGUGGAAGCUUGUACGCGAAACAAGGAGGAAGAAGAUGGAUCAAACAAAUGUUCAUUGGAGCCUUUAUGAUCCCGGCAAUGGUGUGCGGAACUGCCUUCUUCAUCAACUUCAUCGCAAUCUACUAUCACGCUUCCAGAGCCAUUCCAUUUGGCACCAUGGUGGCUGUUUGUUGCAUCUGCUUCUUCGUCAUUCUGCCGCUAAACUUGGUGGGAACGAUUUUGGGGAGGAACCUUUCCGGUCAGCCAAACUUUCCCUGCAGGGUGAACGCUGUGCCGAGGCCAAUCCCUGAAAAGAAAUGGUUCAUGGAGCCAGCUGUCAUCGUCUGUCUGGGUGGAAUCCUUCCUUUCGGGUCCAUCUUCAUUGAAAUGUAUUUCAUCUUUACAUCUUUCUGGGCCUACAAAAUCUACUACGUCUACGGCUUCAUGAUGCUGGUCCUGGUGAUCCUUUGCAUUGUGACGGUGUGCGUGACCAUUGUGUGCACGUAUUUCCUGCUCAAUGCUGAAGACUAUAGAUGGCAAUGGACAAGCUUCCUGUCUGCUGCAUCCACCGCAGUUUACGUUUACAUGUACUCUUUUUACUACUAUUUCUUCAAAACUAAGAUGUACGGGCUAUUCCAGACAUCCUUCUACUUUGGUUACAUGGCUGUCUUCAGCACUGCUCUUGGAAUCAUGUGUGGUGCCGUCGGAUACAUGGGAACAAGUGCCUUUGUUCGGAAGAUAUACACAAAUGUGAAAAUAGACUAAAGCACCACGGCAAGGUCCUAAAAAUAUCCAGGAAGACAGCCGGCAAACAACAUCCUUUUUGUUUUCUUUCUUGCAAAGAGAUUGCGAGAAUCUCACUUUGUACAAUGUAGUUUUCCAUUUUCUGAAUGAUUUUCAAAGCUGCAACAUGAAGUGAUCAGAUGCAUAGCUGCAGAUGAGGCAUCAAAAUCCGGUUGUGUUUUUAUCAGUUGCGCUCACACAAAUAUUGGGGGCAAAUGUUUAAGGCUUGCGUGGCUUCCCUUCCAAACCAGUCCCACCUGAGACCAGACAUGUUUAGGGAUGGAAUGGUGCAGCUCUCUUCAGUGAAGAGGCCUAAAUAUAUUGAAAGCCUUUAUUUGUUCUAUUGUGUCACAAUAACAGAGUUAUUCUGACUUGAUUUCUAUUUUGUAUUCUUGAAGUCAACUCGCAGUAAUGUUAGUGCGUAGUGCAAGUACUUUGUUCCCCAUUUACUUCCACUGCAAAACUCGACGCUGCCACUUGAGUCAUUCUCCCAUUUUGGCGGCUCUAAUCUUUCCUGUUACGCUCCCUCAACCUCCAGUGGCAGCGAUUCGAGUUGCGCUGUUGUUGACUGCGGAGACGAGAAUGAGGGUCAGAUCUGCAGUCGGAGUACAGUAACAGACUUUUAAAUGGAUAUGAUGAGUUUACCCCCCCAAAGUUUAGUCUUGUUUUCUCAAUGUUUGGGUUUGAAUUUUGUCUACAUGUAAAGAUAAUAUAUGUAUGAGGGGAGUGUAUAUAACCUUAAUGUACCUUUAGGUGUAGAUCCCAAAUGUAUUUUCGUUGUACAGAUUUACAAGACGGUGUUUUUUUUUUUAAAUCAGCUAAAACAAAAGGUAUGUUGUGGUUGGGGCUGGUGGCGCCGUUUCAUCUUGCCUGAAUUUGCAUGAGGUUUUCACCAAACCAUACUGAUCAAAUUGUUUCACCGAUCAGAUCGGCUUCACAAUGCAAGUAUGCACUGUUGGGGCUGGAUGGUCCACUUGAGCUUACUUACUGAUUUCCUAUUUAAAGCUUUAAAAAGGCUCGGCAUCUCGUAAGCCAUUUCUUUUGCGCACCCUUUCGGUUUGCUGCCCCUUACAUGACACGCUGUGUGUGAAUGUCCAAAGGAUGAGCUGUAUGAAAAAGUCUACUUGACUUAAAUGUCUUCAUACCUACAGAGUGCUGCAGCCUUUCAAAGUCUUUAUUUACCCCUACAUAUUGUGUAUAUACAGUAUGUGCCCUACUUGUACUGCCUUCUCAGUUCUUAUCCUUCCCCACUGAAAUUGAUUUUGCACCUCGUCUGAUGACAUUUUCAUCCUGCAUAUUGUUGUAAAAAGAGGAAAUAAACAUGUUUAUGUA